CAUAAAAGCAUAUUUGUGUUUAUAAGCAGUGUGACUCAGUGAAGUGAGUUAGUUAAUUAUGCCUAGUGGUAGUAGGAACCCUCUUGUUGUUGGGCGUGUUAUAGGGGAAGUAAUAGACCCCUUUGAAAGUUCUAUUCCUUUCAGGGUGACCUAUGGUAAUAAAGAAGUGGGCAAUGGUUGUGAGCUUAAACCUUCUCAAGUUCCCAACCAACCUAGAGUGAGUAUUGGUGGAGAUGAUCUCAGGAAAUUCUACACUAUGGUCAUGGUGGAUCCUGAUGCUCCUAGCCCAAGUAACCCUAAUUUCAGAGAGUAUCUUCAUUGGUUGGUGACUGAUAUUCCCGAAACUACAGGGCCUAAUUUCGGUAACGAGAUCGUAAGCUAUGAAAGCCCGCGACCCACGAUGGGGAUUCAUCGUUUCGUGUUUGUGUUAUUCCGUCAACAGUUUAGACAGAGGGUGUAUGCUCCUGGAUGGCGACAAAAUUUCAAUACUAGAGAAUUUGCUGAACUUUACAACCUUGGAUUGCCGGUUGCUGCUGUCUUCUUCAACUGUCAGAGGGAAACUGGCUCUGGUGGUAGAACAUUUUGAAUAAAAAAUUAUUAUACCAAAAGUGCAUGUUUAAUUAAUGAAUAAUACUAUAUAUAGCGCCCAAAUAAGAAAGGUAAUCUACAUAUAAUAACACUCAUGAGUCACAUACACAUGAAUAUGUAACCGAAGCACUCAUAUGUACCACUUUAUUUUAUGUAGUACUAUUAUAUAGUUAUAUCAAUAUAAAUAUAGAAUAUUAAAUAUUUAACUAGUAGAUCAAUUCCCUGAUCCUCCAAGUGGAGCUUUGGGAUCAUGGAGUUUGUCAAGUGUCAACAAAAUAUUUAUUUUAUUAGAUAUUUAAUGUAUUUUUUUUA